CUCCGCCCGCCUUUUCCCCCGCUCCUCUGGCAGGAUGAGGCGUGCAGGCCUGGGUGAAGGAGUACCUCCUGGCAACUAUGGGAACUAUGGCUACCCUAAUAGUGGGUAUAGUGCCGGUGAAGAAGAAAAUGAGAGACUCACGGAAAAAAGUCUGAGAAACAAAGUAACUGCUAUAAAAUCUCUUUCCAUUGAAAUAGGCCAUGAAGUUAAACAUCAAAAUAAAUUAUUAGCUGAAAUGGAUUCACAGUUUGAUUCUACAACUGGAUUUCUAGGUCAAACCAUGGGAAAACUGAAGAUUUUAUCCAGAGGGGGCCAAACAAAGCUGCUGGUUUCAUGGUUGUCCUUUUCUGUCAUUUAUUGGAUUAUUAAACCGAGGUGA